CAUAUUGAAUUCAUUUAUACAACAAAGAAUGAAGUAAAAUUGUUCUGCAACACCAACAAAUGGCAAUUAAGCACAAAAUCUAACAACUACAUUGAUGUGAAUUGCACAGUGAAGUGUGUUCCUGGUGAACAGCUCAAACUUAACAAUAUCCAGAAAUUCUGUACAAAUGAAGAUUCAGAUAAAGUUGAGGAAAAAUGUCCACUAAUAGCAACCAGUGGAUUUUUUCGAUGUGUCACUGCUCUGGAUUCUGGUUACUUGUUUCCAUUCGCACCGUCUCCAAACACUGUCACCUCAUACAUAGUCGCCACUGCAAAUGAAUCCAUAACAAACAAGUCUGUGGAAAGAUCUUCAGUCGUGCUCACUGAAGGUGAAGAUGUGCUUUUAAACUGCAGAUUCAUCCGUACAGAAGGAUAUGACAACAUAUAUUUUGCUGUUUACUGGAUCAAGACCAUUGAAAAGAAGAGUAUCUGUGUGCAUUCUUAUGAUUAUAAAAGGCUUAUUGGUAUUAAUUACAAUCCCUAUUGCAAUGUACAAGAAGAUCUGCUUCACCGGGUCUCAGUCCAAAAACCUAUAAGCAUAGGCACCCAUAACAUCAGGAUCAGUAACAUAACCGAGUCAGAUGCUGGACAAUAUCUUUGUGCUUUACGAGUGCACCCAUUUUCAAAUACAAAAGUAAUGUGGAAGAUUCUAAAUAAUAUCACAGUCAAUGUAAAUAAAGGUGAAAUAGCUGGAAACCGAUUGGAUGCUGAGUCUCUCAUCCGCUUAUGUGUUACACUGCCAAUAAUACUGGGUGUUCCGAUAGCUGCUGUGGUGGUGCUCUUAUGGAAAAAGAAUAAAACCUCAGCCAGAUCUCAAACCAUGGAACUGCGAACAAUCAAAGAUAGAGAAGAAACGUCUGAAAUGAGCUUUGAAGCAUGACCACAACACAGCACUUUGGAAGAGUGAAUGUUUAAAAUGUGUUAAUAUCUGCUCUCUAUUAUGAUCUAUUUUGUUUACUUUAACUGUCCUAUUAUAUGUGUUGUAAAAAAUGUACAAAAGCAAUAACAUUUUGAA